UUGUUACCUUAAAAUGUAAUGAUCCUCCAUUUCUCAGGAUGUAAACCGUCUUCGACUUUCCCUUAUGGACAACCAUGAUGUCAGUAAAGAAUUUCAAGCUUUGAUUGUGAAACAUUUGGAUGAAAGCCAUCUUUUACAAGGUGACAAAAACUUAGUUGGUUCCGAAGUAAAAAUUUAUAGCUUGGACCCAUCAACUCAGUGGUUUUCCGCAACUGUUAUAAAUGGAAACCCAGCAUCCAAAACUCUUCAAGUCAACUGUGAGGAGAUUCCAGCACUGAAAAUUGUCGAUCCAUCACUGAUUCAUGUUGAAGUUGUACAUGAUAACUUUGUGACAUGUGGUAAUAUUACAAGAACUGGAGCUGUGAAACGCAAGUCUUCUGAGAAUAACGGAAGCGUAGUUUCCAAACAAGCAAAAUCUUGCUCUGAGGUAACUUGAUUUAUUUUGUCACUUGCCUGGAGUGUU